AAGGGGAAGGAAUACACCAGGCAACUUUUGGGCAUGUCCUUCCUUCAAGUUUCAAAGUUGCCCAAGACUUCGGGAGAUUAUAUGGAGCGGUACACUAUGCAUGACCUGGUGCAUGAUCUGGCAACAUUAAUCAUGGGUGAUGAGUUAAUUGUUUCUAAUGUUGCAUCGAAGAAUAAUAAAGCAUAUAGCCAGAAAUAUUGUCGCUAUGCAUCGGUUACCAAAUAUGACCAGGCAACAAGGUUAUCCAAUGUUUUACCCUCAAAGGUGAGGGCACUUCAUUUCUCAGAUAGCGUCAAGCUGGAUCUCUCUUAUGGGGCAUUUUUGUUUGCAAAGUGCUUGUGUAUUUUGGAUUUUAGUGGAUGCUCUGGUAUACUAUUGCCAGCCUCUAUUGGGCAACUGAAGCAGCUGAAGUACCUUGCUGCUCCACGAAUGCAAAAUGUUGUUCUCCCAGAGUUUAUGACUGAGCUAUCAAAACUGCAGUACCUGAACCUGAAUGGAUCUUCUCACAUUUCCACACUACCAGAAUCAAUGGGCAAGCUCUGGUGUCUGAAAUAUCUGGGUUUGUCAGAUUGUUCUGGCAUAUCAAAAUUGCCG